AAAUCUGAAAAUCAAAAUUUCAAUAGUUGACUGUUCCCGCCACAUCAUACACGGUGGGAAAUUUAAUUUGAGUUAACACAAAAAUAACUUAACCAUUCCUUCCCUCCACAUUUUUCACUCCAAAACCAAACUCAUUUUCGCGAAUUCCUCAAAAUCUCGUUUUCUCUUUCUUCUUCUUCUUCUUCUCUACCAACGAUAAUGGAAAUCGAUUCAUCUUCUUCUUUGCUAAAACUGAAAGAGAGUGAGGUUGUUGUUGUUGUUGUUGAUGCAAAUGGAAAACAACAAGUGAGUCGUCGUAACAACUCACGCGGAGUUCGUGUUAUUGGAAAUCGAAUCUAUGAUUCUGAAAAUGGAAAAUCUUGUCACCAGUGUCGGCAAAAAACAAUGGAUUUUUCUGCUGCUUGUAAGAAUCCAAGAGGUGGGAAGCCUUGUGUCAUCAGGUUCUGCCACAAAUGCCUCUUGAACAGAUAUGGGGAAAAGGCGGAAGAGGUAGAUCUAUUGAAUGAUUGGAAUUGUCCAAAGUGCAAAGGCAUCUGCAACUGCAGUCGUUGCAUGAAAAAUAGAGGUCAUCAACCUACUGGUAUACUUGUUCAUUCGGCCAAGGCAUCCGGUUAUAACUCUGUGUCAGCAAUGCUUGCCAAGAAGGCUUCUGAAGGUUUGGAAUCGAACAAUAUUGUUGUUUUGCCUUCAAAAGAAGCAAAUUUGGAAAAGGAGCUUGUAGUGGAUCUAUCAUGGGAACCUGAGAAGGAAAACUCAUUAUGUGAAAACAUAGGGUUAAAGGUUGAAGAUGAGAAAACAAAGAAAAUGAAGCGGGAAAAGUUAAAGGAAAUAUCUAAUGGCAACAAUGUUGACAAUGCUCGUGAAAACAAGAAAUUGAAAAGGCCUAAACUUUCCAAUGGAGUUUCCGAUGGUGAUGUGAAAAGAAAUGCUGAUGCUGAAAUGGAAACAAAAGUAGAGCAGAGUCAUGGAAUGAUUCAUUGUCAGAUGGAUGCUCCUAAGGCUUGUUCUGCAAAUGAUGAUUCCUUCAUUCCUAAUCUAAUGCAUGGGAGAAUUUGCCAAGGUACUGUUGUGAUAGCUGAUGGUGAAAAUGCUGGUGCCAAGUCUCAAACAAAUGCUAUAGCUUUGAAUGCUGAAAAAAUUAAGGAGGAAAUUCCUUUGCCCCUUGGCACCGAGAUGACCAAAAUAUUAGACCUUGAGUUUGCACCCGAAGAUGUUGGGAAUGCAUUGCAGUUUUUAGAAUUCUGCAGAGUGUUUGGAAAGCCUCUCGAUCUUAAGAAAGGAGAAGCAGGAGCUAUUUUAAGAGCAUUGCUACGUAAGCAAAAUUUGCGACGUGGACAAAAUGCCUUAGUUGUUGAGUUCCAAAUCAAGCUGUUGACUUUGAUUGUAUCUGAUUCAGAUAAUGAGUCUUCAUCCUUAACUGCUGGCAAUGGAAAAAAUUCAUGGUUGAAAGUUCUGGAGGAUUUGAUUACUGAAUCUGGUGCUGCACUAAAAGAUUUUCCGGCGGAUUGGCUCAAUAAAGGCAUUAGCGGAUAUAAUGAUUUGGACUUACCUAAAAAGCUUAUCCUUCUGAACUUUAUCUGUGAUGAAGCUUUGGGCACGAUGAAGCUAAGGAGUUAUAUUGAUGAUCAAAAUGCAAUAUUGGCUGAAGAAAUGAAAGCAGCAAAAUCUAAGGUCGCUGAAGCUAAGGAAAAGGAAAAAAGUCUUAAACAAAAGUUGCAGGAUGAGAUGGCUAAAGCUGCUAUAUCAAAUGGAACAAACCUCUCAAUUUCAGAAUAUGAUGCUCUUGUUUCAAAAAUUAAAAUUGAAGCAGCUAAAGCUCAUAGUGAGUUGCUUGAGGCAAAAGGCACAAUUCCUAAACGGAACCAAUGCUGUGAUGCAGUGAGAAUUGAGCCUGAGUACUUGGAUAAUAGUGGUAAUGCAUUCUGGAAAUUAAAAAGCUAUAAUGGUGAAUAUGCUUUCUUGUUACAAGAUGUGAAGAUCCAUGAUGAAGAUGUUGUUGAAGUUGAUGAAAAAUGGUUUGUUUAUGGAGCUGAGCAGAAGGAUGAGGUCACUAAGUACAUUUCCUCUAGGAGAGAUUGGUUACCAAAACUGACUUCAGUUUAGUUGUUUGACAGAUAUUAUCAAUUACAUACUAGUAAUCUGCCAGGGAUAAUUUAAGGUUUUAACAUGUAUUGAAAGUGUCCUAAGUUCCAGUGUUUUGGUGAUAAAGACAAGAAUCCUUAGGUUUCAAUGCAAUUAGUUACAAUUUGUAGCUGGUUAAUUUUAUUUUUUGUAACUUUUCAAAUAGUAAGGAUGCAGAUUUUGACCAAGUGUUGAGGUAAAAUGUUUUUAAAUCAA